AUGGCGGAUGAAACAUCUCUUAGUAAAGAUGUUUCUAGUAAACUCGUGGAAAUAAAUAGAGGAUUAAGCUCGCCUAAUCGUGGUGAGCAAUGUAGGGGCAUUGCGAAUAUUCCAGAUUUAAUCAAAUCUCACCCAUUUCCAAUUGUAAUUAAUUCAAUUUUUCUAAGGCUUGUUGAUGUAUAUGUUAAUGGCUCAGAUUAUUUGCGUUCAUGUGUUUUGAGGGCAUGUGCUGAGUGUCGAAAUCAACUUCUUAGACUGACAAUAGCUGAUGAUAUUGUUGAGAAAUGCAUGCCAAUAUAUAAAAACCAAAACGCCAACUCUAGAGCUCAAUAUCUGAGUCUUCUUGGUGUGUUGAGUGGAGCUUUCAAGGACAAUAUCAGUAUCCACAAUUUCGUCAUUUCCCGGAUUGAUUCCGACUCCGAAACCGAAUCAACUGCUGCAAUCUCAGCUGCGUAUAGUUAUGCUGCUAUUUCUAAGAUUUUUGUCAUAAGUCUUUGUCCUGUUUUAUGCGACCUGUUGAAAAUCAAUACUCUUAGCCCCGAUCACAAACUUAAGCUCAUACCCCUUGCGGAAUUCGCAUAUCAUAGUCCUAUCCUUCUUCCUGAGAUUCGAGGACAUUUGAUCGAGAUGCUCAAAUCCCAUAAAGUUGGCAGUUUCAUGACUGUCAUUUCUGAAACAUUGACUAAGCUGGAAACCCAUUCUCCCUUAAAUACUUCAAGUCAAGUCGAUCUUCUGUUGGAUUUUAUCAAAACUAGUUCUGAUGGAGAAAUUAGGGCCAACUUAUUUGCUUGUCUAUUGAAUUUGGCAGAUAAACUCCCAAAUCAGUGGUCUCCACCUCAUACAAAGAGACUUUUUGAGAUCUUUUGUGACUCUGAAACGGCGAUUACUGAGAGGGAAACGAUUCUUAUCAUAUUCUUUCUUUUGACUUCAUCCGUGAAUGUGAAUAUUCUCUUCGGAGAUUACAAGCUGGGAGGAGACGAUGGGAUACUAGCCUGUCUGACUCAAGCUUUGAGCUACGAAAUAGUACCCGGGUCUUCUAUGCUCCCCAAUGCCCUCGCCUUAGCUUGUAGACUUGUUCAAAGUGGGAAAUCCGAUGUGAACUUUAAUCCGGAUAUCGUGGCUUCAAUGUUAGUCGUUUCACUUACUCGUUCCUGCCAAUUCGAUGAACAGCCCGAGAAUGCGUCGACCUCCUGGCUAAUCAAUGAACGUGGACCUUCGAUGGACUCGCUUAAGCUGUUUUACUCUGAACUUCUGAUGUUCUUCGAGACCUUUCCAGAUUUCGUUUCCCUCCUCAACCAGAUUGAACUCCUUAAGGAAGUUACUAUGAGUGGAGAUCCACGAAUAGCUCUAUUAUGUCAAUUCCUUUCUCGAGUUUGUACAACGGAUCUACUCAGAUUUCCUGAAUUGCCAGAGUUGCUAUCCCAAUUGAGGGAUUCGUGCAAACCGCAUUCAACUACUGUGAAUUCAGACAACCUUCUCCAAGUUUGUGUGUUUGUCUUCACUGCAGCAAAUGGAAUUCCUCUUCUCAAAGAACAGCAAAUUGACUUAUUAACUUGCCUUGCUCGUGCUCUUGAUGGAAAUCUAACCGAAAAGGGACCAACUGCCCUGGAACCAUGGAUUGUCUAUCAGCUUGCUUGUAAAGCGAGUGUGUGCAGACAGCCUCGUUUCGCUGCUGACUUAUUUGAACAGCUGGCUACCAUGGCUAUUAAUCUGAAGAAUAUCUACUGGCUUCGUGGACUGGCCAAGAUAAAUCGGGCUCAAGCAGACCUCUACGAUAGUGUUUUUGAUCUACCUCAAACUGGAAAUUGGGUUCCGAAGCUGUCUGCAGCUAUAAGCACUGCGGCAAAAGAAUUCUCAAAUGCUCGAAAUCUAUUCAUGGCAGCAGGCGGACGUUCUGCUCAUGCGUUUCAAUCAAAAUACACAGGAAUUCGGGCUGACUUACUGAACUGUCUUGUCAGUUUAUGUGGAAGGGCCUUUGAACUUGGUGCUCUCACUUCAUCCGGUGUGCCUGCGCGAUGGCAGAUCCUGAGAAAAGUAAAUGCCGCCAAAGAGGAAAGUGAUUCUCCGUUCACUUUGACCCCACUAACAUCGCUAGUUUCUCUGGUGCCCAAAUGGAAGGAAAUGGAAAGUAGGGUGCUGGCUCUUAUUCAAUCAUGUGUGGAUGCUGACUCAUCCACUUUGCGUCAUCUCAACGGUAUUUUGGAGAUAAUUCACGUCUUCAUUGAGACUUUGGAGGAAUGCCGGACUUUCAAGGGAAAUUGGGAAAACCCCUCCAAUGUUGAUCGAGAGCAUUUGCUAUCCACUCAAUCUCACGAAGGAUUCGACGCUAAAGCCAUGGCAUUACGAGACUACUCCACCAAUAAUUCCCUUUCUCCCCAACUUCUCGUCAACUUGGUGACCUUACUUGUCUCCCUUCCACCCGCCUGUCUCCCUACAUUUUUCUUCUUCCGCAAACAAGUGACCAACGUUGACCUUUAUGUCAUCUCUUCAGCUAACAAUAAAUACAGGAGCGGUAGUGAUAACAGUGGCGACACUUUCCUUCUCCCUCUUGGCACUUCUCUAGCUCUUCAAAUAAUAGGUGUCGUGAGUCAGAAACGCCCACCUAAACAUCCGAAACUUUUGCGUAAGAUAAAUGCAGUUUCUCUCUUCCUCACUCUUCAACGCAAGAGUAAACGAGAGGCCCUAGCACAUAAACUAGUCCCUGUUAGGGGAGAUUCCUUUACUGCAGAAUUCUGCCUCAAUCUGCCAACAAAGACGGGGACUUGUGAGCUCACUGUUGAAGUGGUUUUAGUGGAUGAUCAACGGAGAAGGUGGAGACUAGGAGCUGAGGCAGGCACCUCCAAGGUAAUCAAUAUAAAAUUGGAAAAUAUGGCCGGAAGCAGUAAUGCAGCGAAGCCUCAAAAACUCAUAGCGGACUUUCAUUCGCCGCUUGUGGCACAAAUCGAAGAUAUUCUCAUGAAUCCCUCUCCCUUAUGA